AUGGCUAUGGUUUGUGCAUUCCUCAUGAUUCUGGUAGUUAUGAGUCACUGGUCAACCUGCUGUCUAGGAUGUAACCUGCCUCGCACUCAUAACCUCACAGUCCUGAAACAAAUGAGUCGACAGUCCCCUGUCUCCUGCCUGAAGGACAGAAAAUACUUUGAAUUCCCUUUGGAGAAGGUGGAUGCCCAGCAGAUCCAGAAGUCUCAAGCCAUCUCUCUCCUGCAAGCUGUGACUAAGCAGAUCCUGACCCUCUUGGAAUCAAAGGAGUCACGUGCUACUUGGGAUGAAACCCUCCUAGACUCAUUCUGCAAUUACCUCUAUGACCAUCUCAGAGACCUCAAAGCCUGUCAGAAUCAGCAGGUUGGAGAGCAGGAACUUCCCUUGACCCAGGAACCCUCCUGGCCGACUGUGAGGGAAUACUUCGGCAGGAUCACUGUGUACCUGAGACAGAAGAAACACAGCCCCUGUGCCUGGGAAAUUGCCAGAGCAGAAGUCUGGAGAGCCCUGUCUUAUUCAGACAUGUUCCUGGCAAUACUGAGUGAAGAGAAGGAAUGAGUAGUGAGACAUUUGGAGAGGA